AUGGAGCGCACGCAGAGCUCCCUCACCGGCAAGAGGUCGAGGAAGGUGGAUGGCUCUGGACCCCAGCGACCUGCAAAACAUUUUAAAGGAGAGAACGACGAGUCUAUAAGAAAACGCUUACCAGAACUUGCUGCUGGUGCUGCAUAUGCAGAGUCUGACAUUGAUGAACUUCGUUCCUCCAUACUUGACACCGCGAAGCAUUCGAAUACUAUCGCUUAUCUUCCCAAGUCGAGCAACAUUGAUCCUAUAUGCUACGACUUCUUGUGCUGGGCUGUCGAUGCCUCGAGGAGUCACCCAGCAGACCCUCGGCGCGUAUCUUUAUUCGUUGUCGAGAAUGAAUCCUCCCUGGAUGCUCAUGCGCUCUUCAUCCAGAAAACUAUCCCGGAUGUGAUUUGCUUCACCUGUACUUCUGAUGCAUUGAAAAGGGACAAGAGUUUGAAUUUGCUAGGCCACGACGUGAUUGUGACGACGUCGCAGACACUCUUGGAACUGUUCUCGAAGGAUCUUGUCCAACUGCGUCAGGUUCAGGUCGUGAUAAUCGAAGAUGCACAACACGUGAAGGCCCAUGACUGCUACUCCUUUCUUCCCAUCGUCCAAUUCAUGAGGCUCUUUUAUUCACCAUGCCCCGCUUACGAACGACCUAGGCUCUUCUCGUUGGUUCUAAGCCCGGACCUAGCGCAACACCCCUUCGAUUCAAGGUCCCUGAAACUGGAAAUAACGCUUCACUCGAAAACCUAUGGUGUCACCGAGGAGAAAAGAACCGAAAUUAUCGAUCUACCGGACAGGCCUAACGAGGUGGUGGUUCUCUACGAUAAAUCUGCAUCACUCGAGACGACCUUUAGUUCACUGCCCUCUCAGCUGCGGGCACUGGAUCCUAAAAUGACAGUCAUUCGGAAGCGCCUUCAUGAAGCUGAACUCAUAGAAACUCAAAUCGGACCUUGCGCUGCGGAACUUUGGCUCAAGAUGUCUCUUGAGGAGUUCGGACGAGAUAUGCCCGUGUCUUCGGAGGCUCCCAAAGACGAUGUAGGCGGGACGAAGCUUCUCGAGGCUCGAAUAUGUGAAAAAAUUCGAAACUGGAGCUGCACCCCGCCAGAGUUAAACCCCUCAUCGCCUGGGUUCAAUGUCACCCACAAAUUCCUGCGAUUCCUACAGGCCCUUGAUGCCUGUUUGGACUAUGGUGCACAAUUCCGUGCGGUGAUUUUUGUCCAGAGAAAGUCAACGGCGUUGGCACUGGCUGAAAUAAUCAAACACCUCCCCGAUGGUCGUUUCAAGUUUAUCUCGCCGUGCAGCGUGUUUGGAAAAUCCCGACUUGAAACUCAGCAAGAAACGUUCACGAACUUUGCAUCGGGAGUAUACAACCUAUUAGUGGUGACGCGGUCAGCAAUGGAGCUUGACAUUCCCAAGGCCACUGUCGUCGUUCGGUUUGACUUGAUGGACAGCCAGUUUCUCUAUGGUCAGAUCAAAGCCUGUGCCCGAGGAAGAGAGUCUCAUCUUAUACACCUUGUUGAACGACACAACGAUUCACACCGCCGGAUAUUGAGUAAUGCUGCCUCCGACGCCGAGAGGCUUUUUGAAUGGUUCGAUGGCCUGCGCGACCCUGAAGGGCUGGUGGUCCCCCCAGCCAAUCUCAAGGAGUCGUCAAUGUCGUACUACUCAGAAAGUGACGAGGACAUCGAUAAACCGGAUUACGUAUCAGCAGCGACUACGGGUGGGCGACUUUAUCCCCAGGAUGCUAUCGUAACCCUCGUAAAAUUUGCCUCUUAUCUUCGGGAACAAGGCUACCUAGAAGCGGGUCACUCGCUAUUCGAAUACCAGUCAAUCCCCGCGAAUCCGGGCCAGCCCCUCCAAUUUGCUUGCAAAAUCUCCCUCCCAGGUACCCCGGUAGAUGGCAUGGUAUCAGCUCCUGAAAUGACGAAGACAAUUUCCCGACGUGCAGCAGCGUUCUCUGCAUGCAAAAGGCUGGCGUCCUUGGGGCUCUUGGACUAUCGGAUCGUCCCGUUACCAUCGACCCCGCAGGUUUUAGGGCCUUCAGCAACAAAUCCUACGGAAAAGGGGACUCGACGAUACUUUCGGAAACAACCUGAAUUCUGGAAGCAUGGCAGCACUGGGCCUGUCAGUGUGCUUCAUCCCAUGGUCAUAUGCGUAGAAGGGAACGCCGCUUUUGGCCCUCUCCUCCUUUUCACUCGACAACCGAUGCCAUCGAUGCCUUCAUUCAAUCUUUUCAGUAACGGAGAUCCUGUCAAGGUGGCCUUUCAUCGAGGCUCUCCCUUCAAGCCUGAGCCUGAAGAAAUGGACAUUAUCUAUGGCUUCACCCUUCGCCUUGUCAAAAUGUGUCUCAACAAACCGGUGACAUGUCCCGUCAACGAGGCAACUUAUUUCUUCGGCGCUUUGUCCAGGUCGUGGGCUCCUAGAGAUACUCAAGACAUCUUUCGUCGUGAUAUCGCCAAGGACAUUGACUGGGAACUGAUGUCCCGUUCAGCGACGAAGUGGGCUGUCCCAAUCACGAUUUCUGCGGCUCCCGACAUGCAGGAAGACUUGGCGGACGCGGUGAUUCAGGAUCGCUUCCUCGAGUUUACACGACGGUACCAUGUCGUCAAGCUCCGUCAAGAUAUGACCCCGAUGAGCAAACCCGUGGACAGCAAGCGGGAACAAGGCACGAAGAUCAGCCAAUUCUUGAAGUCAGCCUCAUCCCCCCCGUGGCGAAUAAUCUCCAUCCGAAGAACAGAGAAGGAGGGCCAUCAGACGAAAGGGCAGCAAAAUGCAAAUCUGAUUCCGGAACUGUGCGCCAAAUGCACUAUUCCUGCCAGCAUGUUCCGAACAUCAUAUCUAAUCCCAUCCAUACUAUGGAAACUCGAUCAUUUGUUUGUGGUCAAAGAAUUGAACAUGCAGUUCUUUGACAACGCUAUCGACGAGGAGUUGCUGUACAUGGCCACGACGACUGUUUCUGCCGAAAUGGAACACAACUAUGAACGUCUGGAGCUCCUGGGUGACGCGUUUCUCAAGUAUCUCGCCUCGGUGGUUGUUUUCGUCAUGAAUCCAACUCAGAAUGAAGGCUCGCUCCAUGUAGCACGGCAAAGGCUGAUCAGCAACAAGGCGCUGCUUGCUUGUGCCACGCAGGUGGGCCUACCGGCAUAUAUCUGUUCGAAGCCUUUCCUUCUCAGGGGUUGGCGCCCUUGGCCCUCCGCGUCGUUCACUGAGAUUUCCAAGGCACCUGAUAAGCCUGGAACUGGUGUGGCCGAACAGGAAGUGGAUACGUGCAAAGCGCGGGCACAAAACGAAUCCGCGGGAGAGAGCCAAACACCCCCGUCGGCGGACCAUGACAAACAAGAUAGUGACCAGGAGGUGGAAGAAGGUGCCAAGACCGAAAGUAGCCAGAAGAAGAGGAAAAGGAAGAAGUGGAAGGAUCCAAUGAACCAGAAUUUGCAGAACCUAGGUGACAAGAAGGCAAUAGCAGACGUUACGGAGGCCAUCAUUGGUGCUGCUUAUGUGUCCGGGGGGAGGGAGACCGCUUUGGACGUCGCAAAGGCCUUGUCGAUUCCCAUCCCCGGUAUUAACACGUGGUCGGAUUUGGGCAUGCAGGUUGUUAUACCUUUCACAACUGAUGCUAUCGAGUUACGUCCAGGUUCGAUCGAAGCGGUCGAAGGGAUUAUUGGACAUCGAUUCCAGCAGCCUCAUCUCCUCGCUCAGAUUCUCACUCACACAUCAGUUCAUGGAAGCAAAGUUUUGACUUACGAGAGACUAGAGUUUAUCGGUGACGCCAUCCUAGAUUUCAUGGUCAUUCGGCACAUAUUUGAUCGGGAAAGAACAUUAUCACCCGGUGGGCUGACGAUGCUGAAGGGCGCGAUGGUUGCGAAUUCGACGCUGGCCACGGUCUGCAUCCUGAGUGGAAUUUACAAACAUCUUGUCUUUGGCUCCUACCAGCUAUCUUCUGCAAUCGAGGACUACGCUGAAGCGAUUAAUGAGAGGGCAGAUAAGGAGUAUGCUCUUGCUGAACAAGAGAACCGAAUGCCAGGACAAUUCUGGCCGGACAUCGAGCCCCCAAAGGCUCUGUCUGAUGUGAUAGAGUCUAUCAUUGGGGCGUUGUACAUUUCAGACAACUUCUGCCCUGUCGGGACAGAAGCAUUCUUCGACAAAGUUUUGCGGCCGUUCUUUGACAAGCAUAUCAGCUUACGAACUCUGACCCAUCACCCCACGAAAACGCUUUUCGAGUACAUCCAGGCGCAUGGUUGUCAGCAGCUCAAACUCAGCAAAGGACCCCAGCAAAAGGGAGGGAAAAUGAGCUGCGAAAUUCUUGUGCAUGAAACUGUGUGUGCCAGCGCAUCGGAUGUCUCGCUUUCGGUAGCCGCCCGAGAGGCGUCCACACGCGCCCUGGAUCGGUUCAAAGAGGACGGCGACUUUUUGUUCAAAUUGUGUGAUUGUCGGACCGGUGGGCAGAACAAGGGGGGACAGGUUAACAAGGGUUUCGAACACGCGUUGUCCUCGUUGGAACAGGGUGGUUGA